GGCGGCGGGGCAGCCCCUGCCGAACCAGGGCGCCCCGCGGGCUCAGGGGCCGGGCUGGGCGGGGGUACCGCCCGCAGGCUGCCCACAGCGUCCCGCCUCCUCCUCGGGCUAUAAACGUGCGGCCGGAGAGCCCGCCGAGGUGUGGUUCGUGCCGAGCCGUCGGGGCAUAGCCGGGCAGCCAGCGUCCCUGGGCGAGGAAGAUGCUGCCGAUCAGGAAGACCGCGAAACAGGGCAAAAGGGGUAUUCUAGAACGCUUGGAUGGUGGAGAAAUUGUGAUCGGCGAUGGGGGAUUUGUCUUUGCUCUUGAAAAGAGGGGAUACGUAAAAGCUGGGCCUUGGACUCCUGAAGCAACUGUUGAACACCCAGAAGCAGUUCGUCAGCUUCACCGAGAAUUCCUCAGAGCUGGAUCCAAUGUUCUGCAGACCUUCACCUUUUAUGCCAGUGAGGACAAACUAGAGAACAGAGGCAAUUAUGUAGCUGAGAAAAUAAGUUGCAACAAAGUAAAUGAAGCUGCUUGUGACAUUGCAAGAGAAGUGGCUAACGAAGGUGAUGCUUUAGUGGCUGGAGGAGUCAGUCAAACACCAUCUUACUUAAGCUGCAAGGAUAAAACAGAAGUUAAAGCAGCCUUUCGAAAGCAACUGGAAGUCUUUAUGAAGAAGAAUGUGGACUUCCUAAUUGCGGAGUAUUUUGAACACGUUGAAGAGGCUGUCUGGGCAGUUGAAGUUCUAAAAGAAUCUGGAAAGCCAGUUGCAGCUACGAUGUGCAUUGGCCCAGAAGGAGACAUGCAUGGAGUGCCCCCUGGACAAUGUGCUGUCCAGCUGGUAAAGGCUGGUGCUUCUAUAGUUGGAGUCAACUGUCAUUUUGAUCCAGAAACUUCCAUUGAAACUGUGAGGCUGAUGAAAGAGGGCUUGCAGGCUGCUAAACUGAAAGCCCACCUGAUGUGCCAGCCACUUGCUUUCCAUACACCUGAUUGUGGAAAGCAGGGGUUUAUUGACCUUCCCGAAUUUCCCUUUGGUCUGGAGCCAAGAAUUGCCACCAGAUGGGACAUUCAAAAAUAUGCAAGAAAGGCCUAUGACUUAGGAAUUCGUUUCAUUGGAGGCUGCUGUGGAUUUGAGCCGUAUCACAUCCGAGCAAUAGCUGAGGAGUUGGCUCCUGAAAGGGGAUUUUUGCCAGAAGCUUCUGAGAAACAUGGCACCUGGGGUGAUAACCUGAGCAUGCAUACCAAACCCUGGGUCAGAGCAAGGGCAAGAAAAGAAUACUGGGAGAAUCUGAAGCCUGCUUCAGGCAGGCCAUAUUGUCCUUGCAUGUCAAAGCCAGAUGGCUGGGGAGUGACCAAAGGAGCCAAGGAGCUGAUGCAACAGAAAGAAGCAACAACUGAACAACAGCUGAAGGAGCUCUUCCAGAAAAAGAAGUUCUAAUCCACUGCAGUUAUGUAAAUCUUAAAAUGAUUUAUCUACAGACCAUCUCAUGAUUCAGAAAAAAAAAAUCUGUGAAGAUGAGUACUAUGUUGAUUUAUCAGUUAAAAUAUAAUGGAAGAGACAAUGCAGAAAGAAUGUGAUUACUUAGUAAAUAUGUCUAACUUUGACAAUAAAAUCCUUCUCUGGGUGAAUAUUUUAAAGAAUACACAGUCAAAAGUAACUUUUGAUUCUUAUAAUAACUGAACUUCUGUUAGUUGCAUGCCAUUAAUUGAGUAGACAGAGAAAUACCUGGAAAGUAAUAGUCAGCUCAGCUCAUCUGUGAAAAAAAGAAAAAGCCAUCUAUAAAGACAGUGGCAAUGGACUUCAACUCCCAAGUCUGUUUUCAGUUUGGUAUUAUUGGGAGCUUCCUCAGCCCUCAAGAUUUACUGAGAACUAGUGCAGAAACACACAAGCUGCCAAUUAUUUGUGGUCACUUUCCUGGUCAAAAGAAUAAAAGUAAACUGAAAGCUAUAUCUUAUAAUUGUAAUCAAAACCUAAGGAAAAUAAGAUCUUGUAGGAAUUUCUUAUAUGCAGAGAGCUUUUAGAAGAGAAAAAGGGCAGGUAGGUAACUCAGUUUUUGUCUUAAAGUACCAUGUACACAAUUGUAGUCUUCUGUGGACUAAGAUGCUUAAGAAACUACUGUGCAAUCUUAAAAAAAGGUCAAAUUAAUAAAAAAUAAUGUAAUGGAAUAGUACUGUAUUAUCUUCACACUUUGAAUUGUAAGACCUCAAAAAGAAUAUUCUAUCUUCAGUAAAAAACUAAUUUUUAAAAGA